AUUUAUUUAAGGUUAGGUGUUCCAAAACGUAAAUAAAUCCGAUAUAUGGGUUAACUUUAUUUCUAAAUAUUUCACUGGUUAUGCUAUACUAAAUCCAAUAGUACAUUAUUAUGAUUUUCACACUUCAGUUUUUUAUCUAACAAACAAGUUUGAAAAAUGUCUUGUCCAGGCUUAUAUUGUGGUAGAACAAUAUUAUCAGAUUCACAGUUAAGUGAAUGUGGCCCUUGUCCUAGAGGAUUCCGAAGAAAUGAAACUUCACACAUAUGCGAAUUAUGUACUGAUGAUCCUCUACUUUAUGAUUGGUUAUACCUAGGAUUCGUUGUUCUAGUGAUGUUAGUUUUACAUUGCUUCUUUAUAGAUAUGUUAUCCAUGAGAAGAAGUUUUACUAAGGAUAUACUUAUUUUGCAUUCAGCAGCUUUUAUUGAAGUCAUUGUAGCAGCCUUUCUGUCCUUACUUUUAUCACAUCCAAUAGGUAGUUUCACAGUAUACAGUUGUAGGGUAAGAAGUAUCUCUGAUUGGUAUACACUUCUUCAUAAUCCUUCACCAAAUUAUGAUAAGAAAAUAUAUUGUUCUCAAGAAGCCGUGUAUCCUCUGUACACAACCAUUUUUCUAUUUUAUGGUUUAAGCAUGGUAUUAAUGUUGAUAUAUAGGCCAUGGUUAUGUAAAAAGUAUUUACCGAGACAAAGUAAAAUGUCUAUAUAUGCUGCUCUAUAUUUUAUUCCUAUUCUCAUAGUCAUACAUGCCUUAAUUGGUGGACUCUUAUAUUAUUGUUUCCCUCAUCUAACACUUAUACUAUCUGUGAUUUCUUGUGCGGCACAUUUUGCUAUUAAAUUGGAUCAAAGUAUUGAAUCCUUGAUACUUUCAACACUUGUGGAACCACGUAAUCUUGUGAUUUUAAUAGGACAUUGGUGUUUACACGCUUAUGGAAUAAUAUCGAUUACUCAACUUAUAAAUCCACCUCUGCAUGCAUCGUUCAUUCUUUUGGUUCCACUGCCAGCUGUUAUUUAUAUAUUAACAGCAAGAUUCACAGAUCCAAACAGAUUUCAAUUCUAGUCUACGAUAUAAUACCAAAAUGGAAGUCUGACUGAAGUCUUCUUCCUUUUGAAUCUCCAAAAAUAGAUCAAGUUAUUUUAGAAUGGAGAUAAUAUCAUUUCGAGUCCUUCUCCCUGGACAAUUGAGAUAUUAAGGGAAAUUGUUGCUCUCAAAUUGAUAAAUAAAAGAAGACUGACAUUUGAUGGUUGUUCA